CUCAUGUAAUCUUCAGUGCCUUGAUCAGGAAGGAGAUUUUGUAUACAAUUGCUAGAUGAAAGAAAAGCUACUAGCUACGAUCAUGGGUUCUGAGUUGCAGCCUAAGCUUCCGGUUCUAGAUUUCUCCUGUUCUGAAAAUUUGAAGCCUGGAACAAGCUCUUGGCUGUCUGCAUGCAAGGAAGUUCGAGGAGCUUUAGAAGACUAUGGCUGCUUUGUGUUAGUGUACGACAAAGUUUCCUCAGAACUUCUUAAACAAGUCUUCGGUUCCUUAGAGGAGUUGUUUGAUCUCCCCACAGAAAUCAAAAUGAAAAACAAAUACGAAAAUCGCUUGAAUGGGUAUGUUGGACAAAUUCAAAAACUUCCUCUCCAUGAAAGCAUGGGUAUUCAGAACGCAGCAACUCUGGAGGCAACUCAAAGUUUCUCAAAUCUAUUGUGGUCAGAUGGAAAUGAUCAUUUCAGUGCAUGCAUGCAUUCAUAUGCAAAGCUAACAGCAGAACUAGACCAAAUGGUGACCAGAAUGAUAUAUGAAAGCUAUGGGGUAGGGAAGUACCAUGCCUCUUACACAGGCUCGACCACUUAUCUUCUGCGGGUCCUGAAAAAUAGAGUACCCGAGGUGAACGAGCCUAAUCUUGGCUUUGUCACCCAUACUGACAAGAGUUUCACAACCAUACUUCACCAAAAUCAAGUCAACGGUUUGGAGGUCGAAACAAAGGACGGCGAGUGGAUUAGUGUCGAAUACCCACCUUCAUCCUUCAUGGUAAUGGCAGGAGAUGCACUAAUGGCAUGGAGCAACGAUAGAAUUCAAUCUCCUAGGCAUCGAGUGGUGAUGAAUGGGAAUGAAGCAAGAUACUCCCUUGCACUAUUUUCAUUCAGCGAUGGGAUUAUAGAAGUGCCCAAGGAGCUUGUCGAUGACGAACACCCGUUGCAGUAUAAGCCAUUUAAUCAUCGCGGAUUACUGGAUUUCUUCAGCACAAAUACGACUCAUAAAGACAAGUACCCUAUCAAAUCCUAUUGUGGAGUCUAAAAACUGUCUUUAAUUUUUAUCGAAAGAAGCAUCGUGUAACGUUCUGUAUGAUCAACUAAUAUUGGCACGGUUUAAUUAAAUAUAGGGUGUGUUCUAAAACCGAUGCCUAGCCUCCAUGAAUUUGCAACAUGAGUACUUUCCUUUUACUCAUGCAAGUGUUCUCUAAAUUUCUUAAUAAAAAUCAAGUAACGACUAUAUAUGAUUCAUGGUUUUGUACUCUCAUGCAUAGAAUAUAUAUCAUGUGUGUAUGUACAUAUCUUUAUGCUCGCAAAUACUGUGUUCUGGCCUC